GUACUCCGGAAUACUUCAUCACUACACAUCCCACUGUACACCCCACUGCACUACCAUCCUUCCUCUGCAUAAUGCCAAUCCAUAUUCCCGAGAUCGCAGCUCCAUUCUGUUCAUCUCGGCUGAACAGUGGACUCGGCUGGCACAAAUCUCGGCCCACGGAGUAGUUCCGUCGGCUGGUGCAUCUUGGCUUCACACCAACCAUGGAUGAUCUUCCUUCCUGACCUUUUAACCGCAAAGGAUUUUAGCGCCUGCUUGGAUCAAGUGCCGGGCAGAACCCUUUUCCCGAGUCUUCUAGAUCCUAAGGUUCUUACUAAAUGCCUAUCGCCUGUUCCUCGUGCGCGAUAUCGCCCCGUGGGGAAGUUCGCCUCCAUGCUAGCAUUUCCGGCGAAGCACUUUCCCCAGCCACUGAUGACAUCCCUAACGGAUUGAUUGGUCUUCAAUUCGUGGGGAACUUUCCCAAUCCAACAUCUGAGUCCUGCGCAAACCGGGGCGACCACGCCGCGCUGGAACACACUAAAACCGACCUGGAGUUUGCCUCCCUUAGCUUCCCCACAAAUGCUCGCCAAUCUUACCCAUCUCAGCCCCCCACCGACAGAAUGAGCGGGAUCGGAGGAGCCAACACCUGGGCGCGCAGAGAUUUCUUCGACGGUUUUCUGGCCAUAGAGAUUGCACGGCUCGGCUGUCAGCGUUCGAUUGGUGCGCGGGGGAAGUUUUGGACAAGGUCCCGUGGCCGGUCAGACCUGGAGACGAGACGAAGCCAAGGAAGACCUCCCCUGCGAGAAACUCUCUUUAAUCCUUCGCUGCUGAAGAUUCCUGGGCAUUUGUAGCUAUUUGUUUUCCCGCCUUGGUCUUCUCCUUGUCAUCUUCGUCUGUCUGUCUGAUAUCCCUUCUUCCCUGUCCUAGAUCAUUUCUCCGCAUCUGCGCUGUUGACCCCCGGAUUUUCGAUUCCUGGGUUCUGCUUAUUCCGGCGUAGUGCAGGAUCCAAUAUUUAAA